AAAAGUUGGACAAAAGAGCACUAUCUUUUUGCAAGAUGUGGGGGAAUCGAACAGCAUGAAAGAUCUCAAAGGCCACACGAACUUGUGGCUCAGAAAUUUCCCCCCAUUUCUGAUGUGGCAUCUUCCCACAUGAGCUUGCGCUCGCAGGGCUCUUUUCCACAAGAGGAGAAGACCUGGAACUGUUCUUGGAAAAAAACAGAGAAGCAGAGACGGGACAGCUAAUCUCACCGAGACUUUUGAAAACUGUUCGAGAACAGAGCAGAGCCGCAACAACGAGGAGAAUGUUGGAGAUGAAAGAUCUUGCGAUAAAGCUGUUUGGGAAGACGAUUUAUCUCCCAGCGAAGCGAGGUGUUCUCGAGGAGCCGUCUUGGGGAGCUGGAAAAGAUUCCGUUUCAGGAGCUGGAGGUCCAAGCGCAUGGUGGGAUCGCAGCGACUCUGUCUCUGCUGAUGCUGCUUCGCAGGAACAGAGAGAUGGAAGAGAAGCAGAGGAGACUCAUGGAGACAAGGCAUUAUCGGAAAGAGAACCGAUGGACGACAAAUAUGAAGAAGGCACAUCGUGUCGGGCGACAGACAACCCGAAAGACUCGACUGACUCAACGAGCAUUAACCAGAAAGAUGAAAUGGGCAGAGAAACUUCUCCCCCUACCGCGCGGAACAAAGAAGAGAGCGAGACGAGUUUCUCACAAGAAACGACUCCAAAGAAGCCCGACAAGAUACUACCAUGCCCGCGAUGCAACAGCACAGAUACCAAGUUCUGUUACUACAACAACUACAACCUGAAUCAGCCCCGGCACCUCUGCAGAAACUGCCAACGGUACUGGACGGCCGGAGGAACGAUGAGGAACAUCCCCGUUGGCGCCGGCCGUCGUAAGAGCAAGAACUCUUACGCAGCCACGGUGGCGCUGUUUGACCACAUGGGAGUACCUGAAUCUCUUCGAGCUGAUUGUGCUGGUGAUUUGAAAACCGCUGGAACCACCAUUCUGAGGUUCGGUUCGGAUUCUCCUAAUUGGGGUCGAUCUGCAGCUCCAGUGCCGAGUACUAUAAACGGGUAUCUUGAUCCUGGACGAGCAAUUCCAUGUUCUGGUAGAGGGGUAGAUAACUUCAGCGACGAACGUUCGAGUGCAUCUUCUUUGACAGUUUCAAAUUCAAUGGAGAAGGCAAGCGUCUGUAGCGCACCAGAACCGGCAGUCCGCAAUUAUCGAGGCUUUCCAUGGGAUUCUGGUCAUUGGAACUCCAAACCUGCUCUACCUACUUCAGGCUUCCCGGUUUCAUUUUACCAAGCGCCACAAUGUUAUUGGGCUUACACACUGCCAGGUUCCUCGAAUGCGACUCCAAAGGCGUCCUUACUGCCCUCCUCAUUUGGCCACGGUGACUCGAGCACUAGUCCUCCAAGUUUGACGAAACUAGGGAAGCAUUCGAGAGACAGGAAUGUCUUGAGUCCUGGAAAUGGCACUUGGACUCCUAAGACUUACCCAAUAGAUGAUUGCAGAGUAACUACCAAGAAAUUGAUCAUCGGGGCAUGGGAAGCACCGGAUGGAGCUUCUGAUUCAGGGGAGUCAGACCGUCUUCUCUCCCAGGCUUUUCAAUCAACUGUUAGAGGCAAGAGCUUCGAUGACAGAAGGACUCUAUUGCUGCAAGCGAAUCCUGCAGCGCUGUGCCGGUCAAUGAACUUCCACGAGAGGACGUGAGAGGGAGAGACAAAUCCAACCAAACUUCGAAUUUGUAUGAUAAAACAAGUCAAGAGCUAUGCCUAUGCUUCUCUUGUACGACUGUUUCCUAGAUUUUUGCUGCUCCUUCGCAUGAAGACAUUCGCCAAUUUGGUCAUUUCUCUUUGAUUCCGGGCUUCAUUUCUCGGGCUUGAGCCGGAAUUCUAGACCCAA